CGCUCGCCGCGGCGCCCUGCAGCCCGAGCCGCAUGACGCGCAGAGGAGGCAGCGGGAGCCGCCGGAGCCGCGGGAGCCGGGACCCCGUUGCCGCGCACGGGGGGUGGGCGCCGCUUGCUCCGCCCCGCGAAGCUCCUGCGCGCCCAGGGACGGGUCCCCUCCGCGACCGCUGCGCCGGGCCCAGCCGCGGGGCCGCCGCUGCUGCCAUGUCCCCGGGGAAGCCCGGGGCGGGCGGAGCGGGGACUAGGCGGACCGGCUGGAGGAGGCGGAGGCGGAGGCGGUGGCUGCAGGCGGCGAGCGGGGCGCCCGGGCUCGGGCGCACGGCGGGGCCGGACUCGCGCGGCCCGGACACGUUCCAGAGCGCGCGGGGCAUGAAGCCGGCGGCGCGGGAGGCGCGGCCACCUCGGCGCCCGUCCCGGCUGCGCUGGGCGCUGCCGCCGCUGCUGCUGCUGUGUCGCCUGGGCCAGAUUUUGUGCCACAGUGCCUGUGACGACCUGUCCUGCAGCCCGGUGAUGGUCCUGUCUACAACCAAUGAGACUCUUCCUAGUGAGCUGCCGGGAAACUAUUCAGCACGCACUCCGACUGACUGGGGCAGCCAGAGUCACGGGAACCUCUCAGUGAAUGAGAAGAGCCUCGACCCAGUGUGGACAAUUGCUUCCAAAAGUCCAACCAGUGUGAGUCUGAAAUGGAAAAACGGCGGCCGAAAUGCUUCUGAGUAUAAAGUACAGAGUGAGAACGGGCAGCUGAGUUAUGUGCCAAGUGAAAGCGGCAUCAACAUCACACACUUAAGUCCAGCAACUUUGUAUAACUUCUCCAUCACUUCAGGAACAGACGGGACUGAGAGAGACACCGCAGUCGUAACUUUCACUACAGAGCCGCUUCCAGUUUCUCGUCUCUGCGUCGCCUUCAAGGGGGUGGUGAAAGUUGCUCUCACCUGGGAGACUGGUGUUGGCAACACCACCUGCCGGAUUCUCCUUGAAGACCAGGGAAGCCACAAGGAGUUGGAUCCAAACUUAAUAGUCAAUACUACAAUCAAGUCAGGGUCUAUCUAUGAGGCCCGAUGUGUUUCAGAAUCAGAGAAGAUGCAGACAGACUCCGUGGCUGGAGGACGUGGCUCAGAUGCCACCGGCACAGGGGGCAUGGCUGGGACUGCCCCUGGGAGCAAAUGCCAACUCGAUCCUAGCAGACAACCCUCUACUUUUCCGGCCAAUAAAACGGAAGUCCUGCUUCUUGGGUUAAAGUCUGGCACAUGGUACAAGGCCACUGUUUAUUCUCAAGCAGAGGAUGGCACAGAGGGACAGCCCAUGGUCACAGAAUUCAGGACAGAUUCCUUUCAGGUUUUGGACCUCGAAGCUGCCAACAUCAGUGCCACAAGCAUGACCCUGACAUGGAAAAUGAAUGAUAAUGGGUCGUGCUUGCUCUACACCUACAAUGUAAAAGUUGUCGGGGACACCGAGCUCUUCAACCUCACCGUCAAUGAGACUCAGACUGUCCUCACUGAACUCAGCCCGAAUACUUUCUACAACAUCACAGUGUGUCCUUCCUUCCAGGAUGGUUCUGAGUGCAUACCGGGCUUCCUCCAAGUGUACACCCGUCCUGCUCCAGUGUCCGACUUCCGAGUCACGGCCGUCAACACCAGGAGUAUUGGCUUAGCUUGGAGCAGCAAAGACUCGGAUUCCUUUAAGAUACUGACCAGGCAGGACGGAGCUGCAAAACUUCAGACGCAAACAACCAACCAAAGCAGCAUUUUCAUUGGUGACUUAUACCCCGGCACCAAGUACUGUUUUGAAAUAGUCCCACUAGGACGAAAUGGGACUGAAGGGGAUUCCCAAAACAUUUGCAGUACAACUGGCUCCAGUGGAGUGUGUGACAUCCGUGUGACCCACGUCACCACAGCCGAGAUACAGCUGGAGUGGCAGAGUGUAGACAACGCCUCCGACUACAUCUACCACCUCGACCUGAGGUCUGAGCACAGUGCUGAGCAGACCAACAGUUCUCACAGAGCCUUCACUUUCAGGGGCCUGGUCCCGGGCACCUUGUAUAACAUCACAAUUGUUCCAGAAGUGCAAGGCGUCCCGGGGCGCCCCAGCUCCAUUGCACAGUACACACGGCCCAGCACCGUGUUCCGUGUUGAGAUCAGCACCAACACCACCGCAGCAGCCAUCCGCUGGCAGAACUCCGACAAGGCCUCUCCCAACUACACCUACCGCCUUCUCGUCGAGAGGGAAGGCAAUUCCAGCAAUGCCACUGAGGUAGUCACAGGCAUUGGCGUCACUGGUGCUACAGUCCCCGAUUUAAUACCUGGCUCAGGGUACACCAUACAGAUCUUCGCCCAGGUGGGGGAAGGCACCGAGUCACUGGAACCUGGCUGGCAGUCAUUCUGUACAGAUCCGGCCCCAGUAGCCUCAGUCCAGUGUGAAGUGGUCCCCAAAACGCCGACCUUGGUUCUAAGGUGGGCCUGCCCUGCUGGCACCAGUAUGGGCUUCCAGGUGGAGGUCAGCAGAGGAGACUGGAGGAACGAGACACACCUGGAGGGCUGCCCCCUGGAGGAGGCUGGCACUGAGUACUGGACGGAAGUCACACAUUUGAAUUUCUCUACCUCGUAUGACAUCAACGUCACCACCUUGUCCUGUAACAAGAUGGCAACCCCUACCCUAAACUCCUGCGUCACGAGCAUCACAGACCCACCUCCUCCAGAUGGAUCUCCUAAUAUUACAUCUAUCAGUCACAAUUCGGUAAAGGUCAAGUUCAGUGGGUUUGAAGCCAGCCACGGGCCCAUCAAAGCCUACGCUCUCAUUCUCACCACUGGGGAAGCUAACCCGUCGGCAGAGGUUUUGAGCCAUACGUAUGAAGAUUUCAAAAAGGGGGCCUCGGCUACUUACGUGACGUACUUCAUAACCACAGGAGAAAACGCAAGUUCCGAGGGCUUGUCUGAAGUCUUGAAAUAUGAAAUCAACGUGGGGAAUGAGUCGAACACGCACGGCUAUUACAACGGGAAGCUGGAGCCCCUGGGCUCCUAUCGGGCGUGUGUGGCCGGCUUCACCAAUAUUACCUUUGGCACUGACGGUCUUCUCAUAGAUGGGAACAGGAGCUACGUGUCCUUCAGUCGCUACUCAGACGCCGUUUUCCUGCCCCAGGACCCAGGAGUCAUCUGUGGAGCGGUGUUUGGAUGCAUCUUCGGUGCCCUGGUCAUCGUGGCCGUCGGAGGCUUCAUCUUCUGGAGAAAGAAAAGGAAAGAUGCAAAGCACAAUGACUUGCCCUUUUCUCAAAUUAAACCUAAAAAGUCCAAGUUAGUCAGAGUGGAGAAUUUUGAGGCCUACUUUAAGAAGCAGCAGGCUGACUCCAACUGCGGGUUCGCAGAAGAAUAUGAAGAUCUGAAGCUUGUUGGAAUUAAUCAGCCCAAAUAUGCAGCGGAACUGGCUGAGAACAGAGGAAAGAAUCGCUAUAAUAAUGUUCUGCCUUAUGAUAUCUCGCGUGUCAGGCUUUCCGUCCACACCCACUCUGCUGACGACUACGUCAAUGCCAACUACAUGCCUGGCUACCAUUCCAAGAAAGAAUUCAUCGCCACACAAGGACCUUUACCCAACACUUUGAAAGAUUUUUGGCGAAUGGUUUGGGAGAAAAACGUGUAUGCCAUUGUCAUGCUGACCAAGUGCGUCGAACAGGGGAGGACCAAAUGUGAGGAGUACUGGCCUUCCAAGCAGGCCAAGGACUAUGGGAGCCUCACUGUGGCAAUGACCUCAGAAAUCGUUCUUCCAGAAUGGACCAUCAGAGACUUCACGGUGAAAAACAACAUGACAAGUGACAGUCACCCUCUGCGACAGUUCCACUUCACCUCCUGGCCUGACCACGGGGUGCCGGACACCACCGACCUCCUCAUCAACUUCCGGUAUCUGGUUCGCGACUACAUGAAGCAGAGUCCCCCUGAAUCGCCGGUUCUGGUGCAUUGCAGUGCGGGCGUUGGGCGGACGGGCACGUUCAUCGCCAUCGACCGUCUCAUCUACCAGAUGGAGAACGAGAACGCAGUGGACGUGUACGGGAUUGUGUAUGACCUUCGAAUGCACAGGCCUUUGAUGGUGCAGACCGAGGACCAGUAUGUUUUCCUCAAUCAGUGUGUCUUGGACAUUGUCAGAUCCCAGAGGGACUCAAAGGUAGAUCUCAUCUACCAGAACACGACCGCAAUGACAAUCUACGAAAACCUCGCGCCAGUGGCCACGCUGGGACACAUCAAUGGUCACAUCGCCUAGGCCCAAGGGCCGCCCUUGCUGGAGUCGACUAGCCCAUCACACCCAGGGCACAGGGAAACGCCCUCGUGUGGACAAGUUCUUUUAUGUCUGGUGUCUUCAUUCUGUGUUCUGUUUGGUUGGAACUAAUGGGGGGUGUGAAGCCACACACGUGACACCUGAUGAGUGAGAAGCUGGGGCUGUUGGGGGUGGUGGGAGGGGCGUGUCCAUCAGUGACAUUCCUGGCCACCAAUGGAUGAGUUCACGUCUUUUGUCCUUGGGAAUUAUGGAAAAUUAGGACAAGUGAGCUAUGACUUUUUUUGUCGAAACAAGAUUUGUUUUUAAAGACUAUUUUCUAUGAUCCACAUGCUAAAGCCAGGACUGUAUUGGGUUGAAUAUAUUUUAAGUAUCAGAGGUCUAUUUUUACCUACUGUGUCUUGGAAUCUUGCUGAGGGAACCUGCCUAACUGUGGAUGGUGACCCUGUGGGGGGCAGGGGUCGUCCGUGGCCCCUCCCCCCCACCGGGGUUUUCUAUUUGAACACGUGCCUUUUCUGAAUUAUGCUUCCACAGGCAACACUCAGUAGAUUUCUCUAUUUUUGUAUUGAAUCUCAUAAUUGGAAUAUGUGGAAUAUUUAAACAGUAGUUUAGGAUCAGAAGUUCGGCCUUCUCAGUGACAUUCCUGCUCCUGUCUGAUCAGAGGAGACGCCCCCACCCCCUUUUGUGUUCUAUUCUGUCCCCCCCCCAUUUCUCCCAAAGACGUGCCUGCCAGGCACACUCUCAGCCCCGGGGCUGAGAGUGGAGACCACGUGUCACCUUGAGGAUUUUGAGGCUGGGGAAGCAAAAGAGCCCCCCCCCCAGCGCUGGACUCUCCAGCACUGGUCCCCGUUUUUUGCUUUUUCUCGUUUCUGUAUUUGGUAAGAAGGAUUAUUUAAAGGUGCAAUAUGUGGCUUAGUGAUUCACGAUGGCUCUAGGUUUUUAGUAACGUUUUACUCAGGUUGGCGUUUUGUGUGUGUCUGUGUAUAUGUGUGUGUUUAAAAGCGUGGCAGUCUGUGAACACUUCAGUGUGGCAAGUGUCAAAUUAAUUCCUCCUCUUUCAAAGGCCACUGGCUUUAGUCUGUCUGCAGUGGACAAUAUCGGUACCUACUGUAUAUACAUGUGUAUACUGAACUCUUCAAAAAGUCAUUCCUUUGAACUGAGGUGUACAAAGUUUGAAUUUGUAUCAAAGAUGUAAUUAUUAUUUUUAAAACCUCUUUCACUAUACUGCUGCUGUAAUUACUUUGAUUUUUUAAAAAGUGUAGAUUAACUUUUUUUUUUUUUGCUUCAGAUGUGUAUCCACCAAGAAUUUCAGAAUUUAUGUGGAUUUAUUUUAUUGGUACAUAAUCUGUAAACUUCUCAAGGCAUUAACAUGAAAGGAUUGUUUCUUUUUAUUUUAUAUUGUGGCUCAGGUUAUAUUGUGGAGAGAUGCUGAGUGUGUCCUUCAACAGGCAAUGAAGUAUACAAGGUCUUAUGAAGGAAUGUCCCGGUCCCUGAGAGCCCGUGGCCGUGUGCCACAGCCAUGAACCUGCUGUAAACUGGGGACACACGUGUCCCGUUGAAGACGGGGCAGGUCUCUUCCCCAGGCCCGGGCCGAGUGCCCGCCUGCAGCCGGUCUCCUGACCCCGCCUCUCCCCUCGGUGUGCCCGCACUUUGAUGCCAGACUGAACAUGUGACUGGGUAUUUUGGGGUUGCGAAGGAUGAACCACAAGGUCCUGAGAGCCCUCGAUUCAGUUCAGGCGUCUUUUGUCCCCCUUUCCCGGAGAGGUCCCGAAAAAACUGAAAGGAGAGGCGGCGGUGGUGUCAGGUUUUGGGAGAAGCUUGCUGCCCAAGUGGAAAUUGCACUUUUUGCUGAACCCUUUGCUCUCUUUCUAGUGAGCAGUUCCUUCUGUAUCCGACUCCUGAAGGAAUGGGCGGGCGGGCCGGCCAGGUCAGGCCCCUCUGGACUCAGCUUCGGAGGCGUGGGUUUCAGGGAAGCCACGGUCCGAGGUGCUGAGGGCACCUGGGUUCGGGUGUGUUGCUUCCACACCCUGGCACUGACCGGGCCCCCCGCCCGGGCGCGUGGAUCCUGGUGCGCUCGCCCUGUGGUGCCACUGGGAGGUUCCUGUGCGGGCGGCAGUUCUGGGGCCACCCCGCCCUGCUGCGGUUUGUCAGGAAGCCUGUGUGGCCGGUGUGAAAUCCCGUGGAGAUGCCCGCCCUGCCCCCUCUGCCCACACCACUGCCACGGAGACACGGGGCGGGGGAAGGGCUGGGCCCUCCGAAUUCCUUUGAAACUAAUGAAAACAAUAAUUAUAACCAUGUUGUGUGAAAAGUCAAAAACCAGAAGCCCUCCUCCCUUCUGCCUGGUGUGGGCCUGGGAGCCCGGCCGCAGCCCGCAAGCCACUGCCUGGCCUCACUCUGAAUCCCUGGGGAAGGCUUGUGCCCCGAGGUCCGGAUUCCAAAUGGCAGGUCACCCAGAGGUCACAAUGCCUCUCUGAGCCCCAAGGGUGGCUGGGGCUGCAGCCCGUGGGGGUGGCGACCGUAUUUAUAGCAGUGAUGGAAAAGGGAAGAUUAAUAUGUAAAAAAUAUAACAGACAUAGGGGCUGGGGGUGCGGGUUAGUGGUCACAGGAAAGAGGAAGAUGUGUUUGAGCUCCUGCCCCAAGCCCAGGAGUGGCGAACUCAGAUUUGAGGGGUCGAGUGCCAUCGUGGGGCUGGUGGAAUCCUCUGCCAUGCUAGCACUGGGGUUGCCCGCAGGAGAGCAGCCAGGGUGGGGCAGCCAGCAGUCAAAGAGCCAAAGAUUGAUGGGCAGUGGCUUGGGGGAUUCGGGUCAUGGGAUCUCUUCCCAGAGCAAAGAUGUUUUGCCUCCAAAGUUAAAUGUAGCGACGACUGGCGCCAGGAGGAAAUGACAUUUGGGGUCCGCUCUCUGUGCCCAGGCAGUGACCUCCAGCUGGACUUGGAAGCACAGACUCCACUGGAUUCGGGCUUCUCCUUGUCAGGGGCUCCUGGGAGGUGGGGGCUGGCCGCUGAUUCCAGUCUGCUCUGCGUCGGGGAUGGAAAAGCUCUGGUUUCUUCCGGAAUGCUGGAUCCUGCGCACAGAGCUCCACAGGACUCGGUGGCGGAUGUGAUUGGCGUCAGCGGUCCCAAGCUCUGAGCUUUCACUCCCCAGAGCCGUUGAGUGUUCUGCACACUGUAGCUUCCCCGUCCCUGCCAGGCUGUGGGGCCCAGGUGGUAGGAUGUGUUGAUGUAGACUUUAAAACUGUAAUUUUCUUGUAACUAUUUUGGAAUGAUGCAUAUUUCUAAUGUUUGUUACACUUGUACAGAGUAUUGCUGUUGAUUGCUUUUCUUUGUUUUGUAAGAAAAAUAUGGCCUGAAAAAAAAUUUUUUUAAAGACUUACAAAUACCAAAUAUAAAAAAAUGUCGAUACAUUA